UGCCAAUCACAAUCAGCAUCAGCUCCACUCGUCCGUCGCAUAUUUUCGUUGCAUGGCGCUUGUUUGUUUUACAUAAAUCAAAAGAAUUUAUUUUUGUUUUCUCAAAUAAAUACCCAAUUCAAAUUACCAAAUAUAAACAAAAUAAACUCCCAAAAAUACUGUUAAAUUGAAUUCAUAUCAAAGUGCUUAGGGCAGAAGUGUGGUAUUAAUAGAAAAUCAAGUUCCAAAUUGUGAUCUCUUCUUUUUAGAUUUUGUGUCAAAAGAAAAAAUGGCGCUAACCAAAAAUUUUUGACGAUAAAAAAUAGAUUCACGUGUUAAUCGGACGACGGGAGGUUUCAAUGAGCCAACAAUUGUGAAAAUUUGAUUUAUUUUUUUAUUGAUUGAUAAAAAAGCUUGUAACUUGUGAUUGACAAAAUGUCGGACGAAGUUGAGAUCAUAAUUCCAGAGGUUGAAAGUGGCGGCGGCGAAGAAAUUCCCAAGCAGAAAAUCUUGAUUGGAAAUGUUGUAAUGGAAGAUGAAAACCCCAAUGAGAGUUUGAUGGAUGAAUUGACAAGCAUUGAGCGGGACCUGGCUAUAAUGCACGAGAUCGACGACGACGAAGAACAGCCCAAUGUGUUGCAGAGCGGAAUCGUCGAAGAAGCUCUGGCCAUGGGCGUCGCGUCCUCGUCGAAUGAUGGACCCUCGGAAAAGAAAGACUCGGCAGCGACUGCAGAGGACAUCAUUGAGAUUUCCAGCGAGAAAGUAGGUUCUGAGAGGAGAAAUGGAACAAGCGUUAAUUCUGAAACAACAAGUGAUGCCCCGGACUCGACAACGGGCUCUGCUGCCCCAGCAAUUAGCAAGCCAGAGGAGACCGCUUUAAUGCAUGAUGACCUUUUGGCGGUUCUGAAGGGUACCGAUACAGAGGACGACGUUGAGAAGGGGGUUACAAUCGAAGGCGAGGGAGAGUUCCAGAUUGUUGACAUUAUCGACAGUGAAAUGGAGUUCGCAGAGGCAGACCCCCUGGGCAAGGAAACGACAAAGGUGGAACCCCUCACAAAGGAACAAGUGCACAAGGUUGCCCUGGAGCAAUUCCAAUCAUUGUCGCGAGUUCCCGGGUCGCGGAAUCGCGAGAACAACCGUCGUCGGAAACAGGACAUCAAGUCGAUCACUCAGCCAGCGGAUUUGGUGACUUCGCUAGUGUCCGAUUGGAGUGAUGGCGAUGAGGCUAAUGCGGACGAUUCUGAGGGAAGUCCUUCGCCAGCGAAAAAGAAGAUAGCAAUUACUGCUCAGCAGGCCAAGGUUACACUAGCAAAACCAACCGCUCAACCUUCUAAAUCAACGACGGCUGCAGCUAAACCCGCAGCAGCCAAGGUUACAAUUGUAAAACCCGCACAGCCAAUCAAGUCAGCUGUCCCAGUAAAGGCAGCGGCCAAGGCACCACAGAAAACAGUUCAAAAACCAGAGCCCUCCACAGACAAGGAUAAAGCUCCAGCGUCCUCGACUGCCGGUUCAGCGCUGGCCUCAGCACCAGCGCCAGCAUCAAAGAAAGUCAUAAAUACCGCUCAGCCAAAGAAAUUGAUUAAUGCUGAGAAGAAACAGCCAGAUCCGCCUCCGCAGUCGACAUUCAAGCGAACCAGAAUCAUAAAACGAAAGAUAAUAUGGGACCCGGACGCACCGGAGACUCAGUUCUCCUACGCCAAGCUGGUGAAACCAAGUACGCCGGCUCCCCCAAAGAAGGAAAAGGUUGCUGCCGCAAUACCCAAGUUGAAAGAUGACGCCGACGAGGUUUCGAGAGCUGGAACGCCGCCCAUCAAGCGACCAGCAUCUACAACCCCAUCGGUCAACGGAGGCAACAGAAAAAAGAAUUCGAGGGAGAUCGAUCGGCUGUUGGGCGAUGAGGGAGCCGUAAAUAUGUUGAAUUCCCUGGAGACCGAGAGAUCCAAGCGCACACCGGACACUGAGACGAACUCAUCGAGACUUUCGACCGCUCGUAAAACAACAGUAGCUGCAGCCUCACUUUCACCAGUUGAAAAGCCUUCAGUGACGCCGCCAGCAAAAAAAGAAACUGUUGUUGCAAAAAACCGCAAAACAAAACCCAAGGCAUCCGCCUCUUGGGAUUAUGUGUACAAACGUAAAAAGCAACAAGACGACGAUGCCAUGAUCAUCCGUCGUCGGUCGAACAGUUCGUACUCGAGUUCGGCCAGCAUCAAUCGCCUCAGCAUUGAUGGUCCAGCAUCAGCUGGAAAACAAAUGAAAGCAGCAUCAAAAACAACAACACCAACCGCAUCAGCAAAUGCUUCCCCGGCGGCGGCGGACGCACCCAACACCCCAGAAACUGACAAUCAAUUUGAGUUUGCCAAGCCCGAGAACAAGUCGAAGUUGAAGAAAAUGAAGAGCCCGGUGAUUUUGGUGAAUCCAUUGUCAGCCGAUAUGAAGAGAGCUGCAACAGCCAAGCGAAAUGCCAAGAGUUCGCCAAACGCUGAAGACGAAGCCGAUAAUGAGGAAGCAAAAGAAGAUGUUAAAAUUGUAAACAUUGGAAAUGUUAGACAAUUGACCUUCAAUACACAUCGCGCUAAGUUAGCAAAUACCUUAACUGUGGCGUUACUCAACGAAUUGAGUAGAGUAUUGAAAGUCUUGAACGAUGACACAGAAUGCAAUGCUGUAUUGAUGCUAUCAGAAGGUCCAAACUUCUGUCAGGGAAUCGACUUUACCGAUCUUACUGUGGGGACGGUGGAAAAUAGAAAAAAUGCUGCUGUUCAAUUGGCAAGAGCUGUUAAAAACUUCCUUAUGACUAUGGCUAAAUUUAGUAAGCCAUUGAUAGCAGGCGUAAAUGGCGCCAACUCUGGCCUUGGAGUAACAAUGUUACCUUUAUUCGAUGUAGUAAUUGGCAGUGACAAGGGAACCUAUGAAACUCCUUAUGCUAAAAUUGGACAAAUACCCGAAGGAUAUUUUAUAUUCUCAGAAACAACAAAAAUCCGUUCAACUUUUAAAACAAAACUUCUGUGGCUAUCGGAAAAAUUACACUCAACAGAAUCUGCCUUAUCGGGUCUUGUCAAUAAACUAACAAGCGUUGGUAAAGUCAACGAAGAAGCACUAGGCGCAGCAAAACGAAUUGCAUCGCUUUGUCCCGAGACCUAUUUUGAGAUGAAACAACGAAGCAUUGAAAAUGUUUUGCCACAAAUAAUUGAGUCUCUUGAAGAAGAAGAGGAAAUUCUAGUACGACAAUGGUGCAGUGCGCCAUGUUUGGAGAAAUUCAAACAUUUUAUCCAAAAGGGUCAAUGGUGAGGACAUCACUGUUUUUUGUUUUGACUGUUUUUAAGGAAAACUUAACGAAUUCGCCGAGACAAAAGCAAAAACAAAAUUAAAUAUAAAUUAAAAUUAUAUACUUGAGUUAUGUAAUACAAAAGAAAAAAUGAAGAAAAGAAAAAAGUAAUAAAAUCUUAGUUAGAUUAUAAAAAAAAAAAUUAUUAAUUAAUUAUUAUGAAUCGCAAACUUUCUUAUUUUCAUUUUUGUAGUUAAAAUUUUAUUUCGUCAUAAAGACAGAAAAAAAAAAUGAACCAUGUUGAAUUAUUUAAACACAAAAUUAUGUUGAAAAAAAAGAAGAAAAAAAUUAAUAAAAAAAAUGUCGCAUUUUACUUUUAAUUAAAAAAUUAGAAAGACUUUUAGCAGUUAAGUUCAUUAAAGAAAAGAAAAAAUAACUAAAAAAUUGACGCAAACAAUUGCAAAGAAAAUAAAACAUCCAAGAGACGAGCAAAUCCUAUGGAAAACAUAAACUCAAUAUUUUAUCAAAAGGGUUAAAAAAAUUGUAAAUAUAAACUAAAAAGAAAAAUGGAAAAACAAAAAAACAAUAAUUUAAUACAAUUUAUGCUUUUUGUUAAAAAAAAAACAAAUUUGAUUUGAUUUGAACGUAGUGGAACGUUUCUAUUUUGAUUUUUAUGUUGCAAUACAUUUAUCCUAAUUAUACUUUGUUAUUUCAUCAUAUGAGUACAUUUGUGCACACAAUUAGCAAAAACAACAACAAACAAAAUUUACUUUAAUCUUAUAUUUAGAUAGUAAUAGAAAUUGCAAAUAUAUAAUUUUUGAAGUGUAAUUUUGUUCUCUUUUUAAAUGGAAAUAAAACAAUAAAAAUAAAAGUGUA